AUGGGCGCGUCGUUUAUGCGGUUCGUAUCUUCUGGGAUUACGCAGCGGUUCGGUUCGGUUCAGUUUGUGCCGGCGAGCGGCGUGAACAGCACCGGCACCUGCAGGAACCAAAGCGUCAGCGACGUCUUUGAUGCCAUGAGCAGCAUUGCGGCGAGCGGCAUGAGGAUCAAUGGCUACGCUGCAUCUACGGCAGGCGUUCUGUCCAAAGGCCUCGCGCUGGCAGAUGGCAGUGGCAUGGCGGCGGUGUCCUGCUCGAUUCCCAAGCAGUUCUCUCCGUUUUCAUCUGUGGACCUUGCUGCGGAUCCCAUCCCCACUCGAGCGGCCACCAGGAAGACCGGCUGGCAAGCGACGGAAGCCAUUGCUCCGCUCUGGCUGGAGCCCGGCCAGUACCCGGUGACGCAGGACACAGAAGCAACCACCACGCAGGAGAUCGGCCCACCGAUCGAGCAACAUUUCGAUCGCAACCUGCGCAUGGCAGUCUCUUUCAAUGGCCCGGAUGGGGACUUCUACACCGCGGGCUCGGUGUCCUCAAGCCCCUUCUCGCUGCCCUACGAGGUGAAGCGGAGAUAUGGCUGGGCCGGGGGCCAACGAGUGCGCCUGAUGGGUCUCGCCUGGCCGGAGGGCGCGGAAUUGGAAGUGAGCCUGAUCUUUGCCUUUGAAGAGCGGGACGUUUUCAGCGACUGCGAGCGCAGUUCCCGGGAAGCCGAGUGUGUGGUGCCGACGCCCAGCUCGACAGAUGGCAUGGAGGUGGCUUUGAAGAUGAGGACAGUUCUGAAUGGAGAGAUUGCGUUCUACGACUUGGGUCUUACGUACACGUACAUGGCUGUCCCAACUGUGCUGUUUUCCAUUCCGGCGCGAGCCUCGCUUGACGGGACGACUUGGCUGGAAGUAUUUGGAGGCCCUUUCGACGCGCGGGUGGAGUACUUCUGUACCUUUGUGGCGCCUUUGGCGUCGCACCUGCCCAAGGUGAGUGAGGAGCCUGCCAGGUUCCUCAACUCUUCCACGCUGCUUUGCCAGCCGCCCAAGAUCCUGUUGCCCACCAUGUGCAGCUUGACCUUGAGCUCUGACCGCGAGAUGACCAACUUGGGCAUCGGCCACGCCGCCUUCGAGUUUGCAGAGCCAGAGGUGGAGGUUGCUUCGGAGUACCGCGAGCCGCUCUUGGAGUCUGAGCAGCUGGUGCCGAUGAUCACCGCGCUCACGCCUUUGGAAGGCCAGGAAGGCUGGGACACCGACCUGCGCCUGUUCGGCGAGAACUUCCGCGCAGGCUGCAGGUGUUCAUUCAUCCUGGAGGAGCCAGACGAAUGGGAUGCCAGCAGCGCUUCCUUUGCGGAAGCCACAGUGAUCAAUAGCAGCCUCAUGCACUGUGCUGGCCUAGACUUCCCCAGCUUCGCAGUGGCAGCCUUCUGCCCGCCGAAGCUGUCUUCCAACUACAUGUGGCUGCACAGGCCUCCUCCGACUUACUUUGUGCCCUUCUCCAUUUGGCCGGAGAACGCCAGCUUUCCUGAGGUGGCCUCUCUGGCUAUCCCCAGCUCAGUACGCUUCCAGUCGCCUGCCUACAACAUCUCCACCUAUAACCCCGGGGUACGCAUUCAGCGCAUUGCGCCUCGGAACUACCUGCCCUUCGUGGAGUCCCAGACCAGCCAGAGGUAUUUCACCAUCCUCCACGUCGAAGGGCUGCUCCCCAAAGAUGAUGCGACGCCAAGUGACACAGGCUUCACCCCGAACCACUGCGAGGUGCGCUUUGGGGAUGUGCCGGCGGAAACCAUGGUCAAGAACUCAACGUUCGUGGAGGCCAUCAUCCCGGAAGCCUUCACCAACCAAACAGUGCCCCUUCACAUCUUCUGCGGUGAGCCAAUGCAGCAGGUGACGUACGCUCAGACCUGGAUGUUCCGCUACACUUUUUUGCCGGAGCUUUUCGGGGUAAGCCCGGAGGAGGUCGAAGCACAGAGCCACGAGUGGCUCACUCUCCAUGGCCGCUUCUUCGAAGACUUUCCAGGCCGUGCUUGCCUCAUGGGCAAUGAGCUGGUGCUCGGCGUCAAGGUUCGUGUGGUGAGCUCCGAGAUGGUGAUGUGUCGUGUGCCACUCUGGCAACAGGAUGCUCCCAACCUCACGGUGGCCUUCUCCAACGAUGGCCAGUUCUUCUCCAAGGAGACGGUGAUCCUCAACACCUGGGCCCGCAUUCGGAUCAUGGCCUUUGAGCCUAGCUUUGUUUACCUCGGGGAUAUGGCCAACAUCACGGUGCUGGGCCGAAACUUCCGCAGCGGUCUGCAGUGCUUGUUCAAUGACUAUGCUCGGGUGGAGCCGGUUCUGCUUUGGCACACGCAGCUGCGCUGCAUCAUCCCGCCAGACUUCCUGCAUUUGGGCAUCGGCAACGUCAGCCUGCGCCUGAUCAUGCGAGAAGACCAUGCCCGGGAGGGCAAGUACGCUUUGGAGGAGAAGGAGUUCUUCAUCGCGCUCAGGGAGCGACCUCCAGAGCCCAUUGUCCCGUUGCUGCGGCCGCCGGAUGAAGAGGAGGAGCUGCACAGCACAGAAUUCCAGCGGUAUACGGGCAAGCUUCCGCCGGCCAACGAGUCCGGCUUAAUACCACUGGUCCCAGCGGAGGAGCCGCCUGGGUUAUUCUGGUGGCCGUCGACACUCUCCAUUGGCAAUCAAACCACAAGCUUUUCGCGCAUCACCAUCUCCCCGCAGCGUGGGCCCCUGGACGGCAUCGACGUGAUCCUGCGCACGGAUGGUUUCUACCUCCCGCCCUACGCGCGGUGCCGGUGCCGCUUCGGAGAUGUCCAGGUACCUGCAUACUGCGUGGCGCGACGGCAGCAGGUUCAAUGCAGGGCACCGGCUGUCACCGGCGAGCAGACCGUGUUGGCCCAGUUCUCAAUCAACGAUGGCGCGGAUUGGAGCCCAGGGGCCCCAUUCUCCUUCUAUGCGCCGCCCUUGUUCGCGGCCCUGCAGCCGCCCUUGGGAUCUUUGCUCGGCGGGAACAAUGUGUCGAUCUACGUCUUCCAAUUCCCAACCGACGACUCGGUGCCUUCCUUCUGUCGCUGGCAAGGCACCUUUGCGGUUCCCAUCACCAUCGGGGGCCCGGACCACAUCACUUGCCCUGUGCCGGCCCACAGCGCCUUUGCGCCCUUCAGCCGGGAGGGGGACGAUAUGCCGCUCACGCUGGAGGUGAGCUUCGCAGGGAUCCCCCCGGUGUGGAUACCGCUGCCACGAAGUUUGCACUUCAGGCAGCACAACAUUCCUGUGCGGAAGACCCAGGAGCUUUUUGUGGCUCCCCGCCACGGCAUUGCUUCAGUGGGGGGCGCUGCGCUCACACUGACCGGGGCCGGCUUUGUCUUCCCCACGGUGAACACCUCCUUGGUGGGCUGCAUCUUCGGGCGUCACUUCUUCUCACCAGGGGUCGUGGACAGCAGCAGCUCUAUGAGAUGCCGGGCGCCGGCGCUGAGCAGUAUCUUCCCCGAUGCGGUUCCCCCGGCAGACGUGACCAUCGACUUAACCUUCGACGGCGGACAGACGAGGACGGAUUUGAACAACAUCUACAGUUACCUGCAAGACUUCGAGUUCAUCUCCGUGCUGCCCACCGGGGGCCUUUUCAGCACCCAAACACUGGCUUCCAUCAGCGGCCGCAACUUCAAGCGCACACCCAACAUCUUCCUCAAGUUUGGCGAGGUCAAGGUGUCCGCCGCCGCCACCACGGACACGCUGCGUGCCGUGGCGCCCUUGCAGCCAGAGCCAGGCACGUACCCCAUCUACUACUCGGUGGAUGACCAGACCUUUGUGGACACUGGCCUGGUUUGGAUCGCCUCGGCUACCUCCCUGGUCACAGCCAUCAUCCCGGAUCGUGGCUUCCGGGUGGGCGGCACCAACGUGACCAUCGUGACCAGCGGCCUCUACUGGUUGCCCUCCCUUUCCUGCGUGUUUGGAUACGCGCCGGUCUCCACAGUGGAGGUGUACAACCCGGACGAUCCCGCCAACCCCCGUCUCACAUGCCUUACGCCGCCCUGUGAGCAGGCCAUGUACCUUGACGGCGUCGGGCCGAACAGCUCUGUGGAUUGUUUCGGCUUCGUCACGGUGCAAAUGACCUUCAACGGUCAGAACUUUUUCGGCAACCUCACCUAUGAGUAUGUGAAGAUGCCACAGGUCAGGUAUGCCAGCCCCUUCCCUGCCAGCGGCUGGAGCAACGAUCUCACCAUCGCCCUGUUCGGCGAGAACUUCCAAGAGCCGAUGUGGUGCCGAUGGUCCGACCUGGGCGAGAGCCCUGCCACGGACGUCACGCCGGGCUUCAUGCGGUGCACGGCCCCGCAGCUGCCAUGGGACCUGCGCCCGGACAACAGGACUGCAGACAGCGUUCUCAGCUACUUCGAGAUUUCCCCCAAUGGUCAGGAUUGGACUCGUUUCAAGCGCGCCUGGCUUUGGUAUAGGGAGCCAGAGGUGUUGUCCAUUGUGCCGAACACCACCUUCCGCACCUUCGCGCCGGAGGGUGACUUCAUUGUCACCGGCAGGUAUUUCCGCCUGCUGCAGCCAGAGCUGGUGGAGUGCGUCUGGCUUUACGACAAGUACCUCCCAGCGGAGCGCAGUCCCGCGGAGCUCUUGGCCCCGGACGUGCUGCGGUGUCGCCCCACGCAGCCGGCGGCGGCCUCCGGGGUCGGCACGGACAAGCUGCAGCCACUGGGGGUGAAUCUGGAAGUGUCCAUGUCCACACAGGUAGACUCUGCCUCCGAGCAGACGGUCUUGGCGGAGGAUCGCAUGUCCUUGUCGGCCUCCUCCUUGGGGAACUUCCCUGGGCCUGCGGUCUUCCCGACCACCUGCUUGGUGACUGGAGGCUGCACCCUCACGCUGCGCGGCAACCUUUGGGCCGAAGAUUUCGUCUAUGGCUCCGGGAAUCGAACAGGUGCAAAGCUCUUUGUGGCCGUUGGGGACCACCUACUGGAAGCCCGCCGCGGCAAGGACUCCAUGUGGGCCACCGUGCGCCUCCCGCCCACGCCCCACAUGGCCGCGGUGCCUCGGGCGGAGCCGCUGCGCCUCACGCGUAACCUGCAGGACUACACGCCCGUGGAGUUCAACAUUGGGUACAACCCCAUUCCCAUGGGCAGCUUUUACCGCCCGGAGCUGCACAACGGAACUUUGCAGCCCUGCCCACAGGGCCACGCGUGCCCCGGGGUAGGCGUGAACCAAUCGGACUUGACGUACCCCGGAGAGGCGCCGAUCCGAUGCUUACCGGGCACCUGGAUGAAUGCCACUGGCUACUUCGAGUGCGAGACCUGCCCCGAGGGGGUCUACUGCCCCAGGUACUCUAUGAUUGAGCCUGAGCACUGCGAGACGGGCUACAUUUGCUGGGCUGGGACCGGCUAUGAUGCCAACCUGGCACUUUGCCCGGCUGGAAAGCUUUGCGUCAAGCCUGCCUACGGGAAGACGGUGUCUACGAGUUCUUCACGCUUCCCCUUCGCGCGACGUUUGGAGGAGGAGCGAAGGUUGCGCUUGUCAGCGCUGCCAGCCACAGAGAUCAUGGACUGCCCGGCAGGCUACUUCUGCCCUCCGGGCUCGGUGGCAGAGCGCGACCCCUUCACGGGGGAACUGAUCUUCGUCUCGCCCAUGACUUGCACCCGCCUGGGCAUCGUGUGCAGCGAGGGCUCCUUUAAUCCGCUGUCGGUGGACGUGGUGGCGGGGCCUGGGGAGUACGUUGCUCCGGACAACAGCGGCGUUUUGCCCUGUCCCGUGGGGAUGUCCUGCCCCGGAGGCCCUGGCUUCCUGCUCCCGCAGCCCUGCCCGCCGGGGCAGUACCAACUCAGCUCCGGAGCGCCCGACUGUUCCACCUGCACUGCCGGCACUAUUUGCACGGGCUUCGGCAGUGCGCUGCCAACACUCUGUCCUGCUGGCCGUGUUUGCGCCCACCCGGGCAGGGAGAUUCCGUCGUACCUGUGCCCGGCAGGCUCAUACUGCCCCCCGGGGGUGAUCACACUGAACACCUUGGCCGGGAUCUCGGACAACGGGCCCGUGGUGUGCCCGCCGGGGUACUACUGUAUGGCGGGCACCGCCUCAGCCAUCGUGGACCCAACCAGCAUGGACACGGCCAAGCAGUGCACCCAGGGCACCUUCUGCGUUGCCAACACCACCACGGCAGGCGGUACCGACAACUGCCCGCCUCGAUGGUAUUGCCCUGCAGGGGUGAGCUCUCCCCAACCCACACCGCCCGGGCACUACGUGGGCAAAUCCGGAAGCAUUUACCCAAGCAAGUGCAGACCCGGGACCUAUGCGGCGAACUGGCUGAUGGUGGCCUGCGACCCUUGCCCCGCGGGCACGGAGUGCCCGCUGGACGGCACCGUGGUGCCCACGGUGUGCCGCCCCGGGUCCUACCGCGAGGCCACAGUUGCAGGGGCGGACCCCACGAAGAACGUCAUGUGCACGCCCUGCCCACAGGGUACCUGGUCCGCGCAGGGGGGCCUCACCUCUGUGCUGGACUGCAAGAACUGCAAUGAGCGGUAUGUUUGCCCCAUGGAGGGCACGGUGCGCUUCGCCACGGUGGACCAGCCCUGCGCAGCGGACGCCCUCCCAACGGACAUCUGCUACGAGAACUCCCAAGGCUGGGAUUGUCCGCAGGGCUACGGCUGCGGACCAGCCACCACGUCCUUCACGCAGUACGACUACUACUGCGAGGCUGGCUUUUGGUGCAAGGUGCGGACCAUCCCUUCGGAGACUCGGAACCUGGUCUGCCCCGCAGGCUACUACUGCAAGAGGGAGACGGGCGAGUCCGGCGGGAGCGGCCGCAAAGCCUUCCGCUGCCCCAGCAACCACUUCUGCCCCGAGGGAACUGCAGCUCAAGAUGUUCGCAUUGACAACCAGCUGCUCAUUGUCCUGCAUAACGUGCAGUCCUUGGUGGAGAUUGUGACCUUGCCCGACAUGACUCGCGGCUCCAUGUGCCGCAUCUGCUCCGACGAGCAGCCGCCCGGCGUCUUCGACCUGGCCCGAUGCCGCCCCUGUGGCAAGAUCGUGCCUCUCUCCUUCUUCGAAAACUUGGCCGCCCGGCGCCUCGACGAGCUGGAGAAUCACUAUGUCGCGCUUCCCGAGAACUACAGCAACACGUCCAAGGGCAUGCAGGUGUGGAUUCUGGCGAACCACACUGAAGAGCCGGUGGACUUGCCGCUGGAUGCAGCGAGCCCUGAGCUUCUGGCUCGUGCGCUGCAGCAGCUGGAGGAGAUUCAGCUAAGGCAACAGACGCCAGACUACGAGGCGAUGGUGGCAGCGUCUUUGGGGGACUAUGAGCCGCCAGUGGUGGUGGGAUACUUCGCAGGCAACGGCACCACGAAUCACACGCCCAGCGAUCCACGACAGCUUCAGGCAGCUGCGACCGUGACCAACUCGUCCAACUCUUCAAAUGUCACCAGAGAGGUCGUCUACCAUUGCGCGCCAGACAUCCACACAGAGGAUUUGACACCCUGGAUGAAGAGCUCGGGGUUGCCGUGCUACUCGGCAGUGGAGGAUUGGAAGGGAAACCUCAAGUGCCCUCGUGGCACCAUCUCCACGAUCGGGUCGGAGUCACCAGAGGAUUGCAUCCAGCAGGGCUUGCUGAUUGCUGUGACGAAUAUCUACAAAUGCUAUCCACCUCGGCCCUGCAACACAGAGUUCCCGGAGGACUACGUGUGCCAGGAAUCAGAAGUCCUGUGUGGCAUCAGCGAGCCCCUGGAGCUGUAUGCUUCGGACAAAACCUACAAGAAGUCCUUCGUGUGGGGGGAGCCCAUCGACCCCACCGACCCCGACUCCAAGACCGUCCAGUUCUUCGGCUUCGAUCCCUUCGUGGAUGAGGAUUUGACGCGGAAGCCUUUCCACAACUUCGAGCUGCAGCCCAUGGACCUGGCCGUGCUGGACCUGGCCUUCGAUCAGAUCUCCCCCACCACCCUGGUCAACGCAGGCGAAGCAGGCCACUUCAACAUCCACAUCCACUCUACGCUCCUCGAUCCGAACAACGCCGAGGAGAUUGACAGAGGUCAUUUGCUGCCACCCUUCUUCUGGCGUCCAAUCAAUACGGAUCUCCACGUCAAGACGCAAUUGAAGAUUCUGGCUCUGGAGAGGUUCAACAUGAGCGUGCAACUGGACCUUCUGCAUGGCGGCCAUGUGCAGAACCUGGACACCUUCAAUCAGGUUUUGGACAUCCACCGCUUCUCGCCCACCCGCGCCAUUUGGGGCACCCGGUACUUCUUCUGCUCGGUGAUCUCCAAGGAGCGGCUGCUGAACGGUGCCUAUGAGCUGCCCUACAACAUGCCUCCGGGCUUGGCGGGCCAACUAGGUAAUCCGGGCUUCGCCAUCGCCCUCACCAAGUUAGGCGGAAACCUGGAGAAUCAGCCGCAGACAGUGCAAUACGACGGGGCGCUGGCCUUGGCGGAGACGGACAAAGGCGGCCAGGCCUUCUGGCAGUCGCAGGGCAUUGAUACCGUGCCAAUGCCGUGGCUGCCCUUCUUCUCUAACUGCGUUGGGUUUGACUCCUUCAUCGUCUUGUGGGAUCUCUUCGAGUCCCCUGGUGAGUUGCGAGACGGAUGUGAGCUGGUGCCCCGCGACGAUGUGAAGAUCGUGCCGCCGUUGAUUGUAGACUUGGCCACGCUUGAGCCCCGCCUUUUCCCGGUGGCGGACCAGUGCGAGAUCAUCACCAAGUGCCACUUCGAGGAGAAUAUGGAGGAAGGCGCCUACGCGUCGACUCUGUGGUGGGAGCUAGAGGAAGACGUGGACUUGUUCUACAUCACCACCUAUCCCAUUCUCUAUUCGGAGUACAAAGAAGGUGAUGCCUUCUUCGCCUCAAAGGUGGGUACCGAGCAGCUCACUGCUGUGGGAUUGCAGAGCGACGAGCGGAACAAUGGCCGCAUCCCGCGACGCGUCUACUUCGAAAUGCAGUACUUCCAGCGCUCUCUAGAUGACAAGAAGCUUGUGGCGGUUUCUAUGCAGCUCUCUGAGUUCGACGACGAUGACACAGACACCGUCUACUACCUCAUGCUGAAGUUUGAAGCGCUUGGCUGGCAAGACCUCAUGAACGAGUUCCAGUUGCCGCUUGGUCUAUGCCAUCCUGUACUGCCUGAUUGGCUUGGGAGCUGUGGGUGCCACUUUGGUGGCCUGGGCUGGUAUCCGCCUGAAGGUCCGCAAGGCCACAGCUCCACCCUUCCGGCUGGUCGAAUGCUACGAGUUCAUGUUCUGGUGGCCGGUGCAGGGGGUGUCCUUCGCCACACUGCCUGUGGUGUUUGCGUGCGCGAUGAUCAAACUGCUGCUCAACCCGCAGUUCAACUUCACGGGUGGCAUUCCCUGCAAAUACUCCGAGCUUGCCUCCGCUCAGACGGAUGA